AUGGCUCCCACCGCCAUGGUUGCAGAGGCAUACUCGCCGCUGCCCACAUUUUCCAAGGCAUCGACUGUUAGCGCCUCUGUUUUGCAUGGCCCAUGCGACCUGCGACUGGAAGUACGAAGUAUUGAAGACCCGGGUGCCGGCGAAGUGCAGGUCGCCAUAAGAUCGACAGGAAUCUGCGGCUCCGAUGUGUCUUACUACAAGAAAUUUGCCAAUGGAGACCUCUGCGCCUGCAUGCCCCUGUCUCUGGGCCACGAGUCGUCUGGGGUCAUUGUGGCCCUGGGCCCUCAGGUGACAGGUUUCAAGAUCGGCGACCGAAUCGCCCUCGAGGUUGGUGUGGCCUGUGGCAGCUGCACCGUCUGCAGAAAAGGGCGGUACAAUCUGUGCAAGCAAAUGCGCUUCCGGAGCAGCGCCAAGAGUGUGCCACAUUUCCAAGGCACACUACAAGAACGCAUCAACCAUCCAGCCCAGUGGUGUCACAAACUUCCGGACCACGUCUCCUUUGAUGCAGCUGCUCUUCUCGAGCCUCUUUCGGUGGCCAUCCAUGCUGUGAACCGGGCAAGCCCUCUGCCCGGCUCUACGGCCCUCGUCAUCGGAGCUGGCACCGUUGGCCUCCUGACAGCCGCCGUGGCACGCGCUUCUGGCUGCUCCGAGGUCACAAUCACAGACGUGGACGAAGGCCGGGUCAACUAUGCUAUCGCUAAGGGUUUUGCUACACAUGGUUUGGUGGCGCCACGGCCAUUGAACCUUUCGCCUAGUAGCUCGUCCAUCUAUACGGAGAGCUCUGGCACAUCGACCCCGGCCGAGUCGGGUGCUACGACGCCAGCAUCUAUUUUCUCACUCUCCAGCCAGCUGGAUGGUGCCAAGAGCCUUGCCGCUGACCUUUUGGCACUGACCGCUCCCCCGGCGCACUUGCUUUCGGACGAGGAAAACGAAGGUUUUGACCUGUCUUUUGAGUGCACCGGCAAGGAAGUCUGCAUGCGUACAAGUCUGUAUGCCACAAAACCUGGCGGCAAGGUGGUCAUGGUCGGCAUGGGAACGCCCAUCCAGACACUGCCACUAUCUGUUGCGCACCUCCGGGAAAUUGACAUCAUUGGCAUUUUCCGUUACGCCAACACAUAUGCGACUGGCAUCUGCAUGCUUUGUUCUGGUGCUAUUCCUAGCCUAGACGACAUGGUGACACAUCGGUUCAAGGGCCUAGAUGCGGCCAAGAGUGCCUUUGAGCUUGCCUGCCGUACCGCGGACAAGGACGGCAACCUUGUGAUCAAGGUUGUGAUCGAAGCCUCAACGGAUUGA